AACACAACUGUGAACAGUCAGUUCUGCAUUCAUGUUGAGACAGGAGUCAGUCUCUACUCGUUAGUCCAGUUCUCAGAUCCAGUGUGUUUGGUUGUAAAACUUGUGUGCUGUGUGCGUGUAGUGGUAGUUCUAGUCUCGGUCAAUGACUGCGGCAAUGUUAUACAGUGUGUGAUGUGUCAAUAGAAUUUGUGAAAAUUAUAAAAGUAUUGUUUGAGAUCUAGGAGUGGAACAAAGUGCAAGAAGACGGUCUCGCCGAGGGUUCCAGCACGACUAAAAUAGGAAUCAAGUUCUUCAAAGAUAGCGAAAGGAGAUCAUAACAAAUGACGAAUGACAUCAGAAGCAUGAAGGUUCCGACUGGUCACCAGCUGUCGGAUUAGAGGGCGAACGAAUGGCGCAAAAUCAGCAACCCACGGUUAUCAUCACCAAAAAUCCAACAUGGCUGCCACCUACUAGAUCGGCGGAGGGCUGAGGAGGAGGAGGACACCCUCCGGGGGAGGGGCGAGAGCAGGAGGAGGAUAUCCACCAGUGGAGAACGAGGAUAUCCACCCCCGCGUACACCAUGGGGAUGUGCUGCAGUAGGCAUAACCCCGAAUCGGGUAGGCCGCUAGUUUAUCAUCAGGGUUACAAGAUGCAUGAAGUGAUGGAGCUGGGGGGGCACAUGAACGCAGUGGUGGGGGGAGGAGACCCCCGGUACACCGCCGACCCGAACCGCCCCGUCGGCAGUCUCCAGGUCAAGCGGCAGGGAGUCGAUAUCAUCAGAACGCCCACAACUCCUUUUCAUCCGAAUUGCUCAAGAAGUCGAAUAGUGGUUGCCAUAUACAACUAUCAGGCCAGAGAAACUGAUGAUGUGUCGUUUGUCAAAGGAGAUCGGAUGGAGAUUAUCAAUGACAGUGAUUCUGAUUGGUGGACAGUUCGGCAUUUGAGAACUGGAGUUGAGGGACUGAUUCCGUGGAAUUUCGUUGCAGAAGAGAAAUCUGUUGAAAGCGAAGACUGGUUCUUCGGCAAGGUGUCGCGGAAAGAAGCGGAAAAACUGCUGCUACUGGACGAGAACCCGCGUGGCACGUUUCUGGUGCGCGACUCCGAGCACAACCCGAACGGAUACUCGCUGUCGGUCAAGGACUGGGAGGAGAGUCGCGGAUACCACGUCAAGCACUACAAGAUCAAGCCACUGGAUAAAGGCGGAUACUACAUUGCCACAAGCCAGACCUUCCCCACGUUGCCUGCUCUUGUCACUGCCUACACAAAGAACGCACUGGGUCUGUGCCACGUGCUAGCCAGGCCAUGUCCAAAGCCGAAGCCUCAGAUAUGGGACCUGUCACCUGAACUCAGAGAUCAGUGGGAGAUCGACCGCAACGAAAUACUGCUAAUACGAAGGCUGGGUCAUGGCAAUUUCGGCGAAGUGUGGUAUGGCAAAUGGAGAAACAAUACAGAGGUGGCGGUUAAGACGCUGCGGCAGGGAACAAUGUCAACCCAGGCAUUCCUACAGGAGGCAGCCAUCAUGAAGAAGUUCCGUCAUGACAGGUUGGUAGCCCUGUACGCGGUCUGCUCCAAGGAGGAGCCUGUCUACAUCGUGCAGGAGUACAUGAAACAUGGCAGCUUGCUAGAGUUCCUGCGCAACGGAGAGGGAAAACACUUGCAGUUCGGUGAUCUCAUUUAUAUUGCUGCUCAGGUUGCGAGUGGCAUGGCUUACUUGGAGGUGAAGCAGCUGAUACACAGAGACUUGGCUGCCAGAAAUGUGCUGAUUGGAGAUAAUAAUAUUGCCAAGAUUUGCGACUUUGGAUUGGCCAGGGUGAUAGAGGAUGACGAAUACUGUCCUCGUCAAGGAUCUAGAUUCCCUGUGAAAUGGACCUCUCCCGAGGCGAUUGUUUAUGGACGAUUUUCGAUAAAGUCCGAUGUCUGGUCAUACGGUAUACUUCUGAUGGAGCUCUUUACAUAUGGCCAAGUUCCUUAUCCAGGAAUGCAUGGGAGAGAGGUGAUCGAACAGGUGGAAAGAGGCUACAGAAUGCCGAAACCCACCUCGCACAUGAUCCCCGAUCCAAUCUAUAGGCUGAUGCUACAAUGCUGGGAUGCCGAUCCGGACAAGAGACCCACUUUCGAGUUCCUCAACCACUACUUUGAAGACUUUACCAUCACAUCCGAACUGCCAUACAGAGAAGUCAGUGAUUAAACAGUGUCAGGACACAAAUACAGGAUAGUGCUUAUAGGGCCGGUUUCCGAGCUCGGGGUUUAGCUAAGUUCUAGACUUUAAACAGCUGGAGUCAGAAAAUUAGCUUUUCAAAACGGGGCGUAGUCGCAGUUUUUAUAACAGUAGUCGCAGUUUUUAUUUUCUCAUUUUAAAAAAAUUAGAAACCAGAAGAUCCAUUAGAGCAUUAAUAUUAUUAUAUGAAAUUCUAAAUAAUAAUAUAUUUAUGCCAGAUUUCAUCAAUUUGUUGAAUUUCCAUGUUCCAUGCAAUAGACCAAGACUUAAUAUGCUAUUUCAGAUACCGUUUGUCAGAAACGUUCACCAUUUCAAUUCCUACCUGAAUAGAACAAUGAGAUUGUACAAUAGACUAAACCCAUUCCUUGACCCAUUCCUUCUAUGACCGCUUCAAUACAUUCAAAAAAUCUUGUGAAAAAUUAUGCUGCUCAAUUGAUGAAUAAAUUAUUAUUUUUGAGCUCUACUAACUCUCCUUUUUUCAAUUGUUUCUUCUUUCUUUUAAUUUAAAUAUUUUUCAUCCUAUACCCUUUUACUAACUUUCUGGAAUCUAACCAAUAUAUCGUUCUCUUCUAAUCUUAUUUGUUAUAGCCUACUGAAUUGUGAAUAUUUAAUGAAUUGCGAUAUUAUUUUCUUUUCUCUUUAAAUUGUAACGUUACUCUAUCAAAUGUGUCAUUAAGGCUCGUACUGGAGUUUGUCUGUGAGCUUUUCUAUGUUUUUAUGGAAUAAAUAAAUAAAU